AUGGCCAGUAUCACUCCUCAUGUUUCUGCCCCUGGCUGUCUUGUCAACAGCUAUGUUAAAAGCCUUAUCAAUGGUAUCAGUAACGAUCUUGAUCUAGCCCGUACACAACUCCAAACUGUAAAGAACACUCUAUACCUUAAGAGUCCCCUUCAGAAUAAUCCUGGCACCCGCCUCUCUUCUACCGAGAAGCACUCAGCCCUUCACACUGGCUAUGAUAAUCUUGAUAAUCUUAUCUACUUCCUUGAAAGUGUCCUUGAGAAUGUCAAGGCCGCCAUGAAUCUUAUAAAUAAGGGUUAA